CAAGAUUACGCUGAGCAUGAAAACUCAAGUCAAGCACGCUUGCUUAGAAUGUGAUCAACAGAGCAGAGCUGUGCUGUGGCGAGAGACUGAAGCAAAAUUAAAACAUAUAUAUUAAAAAAUGGAUGCUGUGACAGAGGACUUGAUAAGGGCGGACACGGACGCUGAGAUGACGGUGUUGUCACCUGAAGAAUUUGCUGAGCAAAAUUUGGAGGGCAGUGAUGAAGUGGAGCAUCUUCGUAACAGUUUACGUGAGGCCGUCCAUGAUGACAAUGUUAGGCCAAAGAUGCAGUGCCUGAUGAUGGACUCCUCCUUCUCCAUGGUGACUAUGCAAGGGGAGGAUAGUGGGAUUGCAUGGGAAACCACCCCUAGUCGCUGCACCACGCCAUGGGCGUCUGAAACUGGAAACCCAACUGUGGAGUUAGGUUCUCCAGUUGCAGUGCGUCCUGCAACACCUGGAUCUGUCCCUGCAGGGAAGAUUAUCUUUGUCAUGGAUGAGGAACUCAUGUCAAGACGGAAAAAAACUAAAGAGAAGAAACCAGAAAGACGAAUCCUUGUGGAAAGCUCUGAGAAUAUCUCAGGAAGGCCAGAGCUGGUAGAAGUCUCACAGCCAAAUGUGAAAACAGAAGGAGAAGGAGAGGAAGAGGAAUCAAAUGAAUCCCCUGAAGACAAAGAGCAACGGCUGUUCCGUUUGGUGUCAGAGGGCUCUGAAAUCCUCAACAUAAUAGUUCCUCCAAAGCUGGCGACUGUAGACGAGGAGGAGAGCAAGGAAAUGGUGGACAACCUUUCAUAUUUGGAGGAGAGCCUGGUUCCCAAAGCGAAUGAAGACCCCCAUGACUAUGAGAUUCUGGUGUCAAUAACUGAACCAGCUGCGGCAAGAGCUGAGGUCAUGCCUUUGUCUUGCACCGGUCCUCGUGUGAUGGAUCCACCAGGAGCCCCAGUGGCAAGACCUCCAGGGAUGGGAGCUCCUGGGAAUGUGGACUACUUUGAGGCAUUUGCCCUGAUCGAUGCCCAAGCUCCAGGAGGUCCUGCUGUGGUUGCGAAAGGGGGUGCAGAGCAAGAGGCUGAGGGUAGAACUGAGAACCAGGAAGCAGAGGAACCUGCAACUCCUAAAGACAACAAGGCUGCAACAACAGCUUUGGAAAAUGACAAGUUAGACACAAUCAGCCUUGAGGAAAUCACCAGUGAUCUUCUUGACGAAGUCUUUUAUGCUGGCACUGAGGACUAUGUCAUGAAAAGUCUGGACAAAGAGGAUGGAGUCCCGGGAACACCCUCCAGGCUCCCUUCAAAACCAAGUGGUUCCAAUUUGUUUGGGAGCCAAGAGGAGAUCUUGACUCCAAUCUUCUUACCAGACGGGCCCCCCAAGAUUAUCGACCCCAUUCUGCUGGAGGAGCCCAAAGCUAUGGCCUUCCUUUACACUGACCUGUAUGAGGAAGCCAUUGGUAAUCGGAUGAAAGAAGAAGAUACAGAAAGUUUGACCUCUGAGAAGUCUUUCCACAGCAGACACUCAGACCGGGAAGCGAGAGGAUAUUUAGAGAAGUAUGUCCUUAUAGAUGAGACUCCUGCAGUAGAAGGGGAACUAAGUGACAAAGAGAAAUGCAGAAAGGAAGGUCCCCGGACUUUGUCUGACGACUUGUAUGAUAUGAGCGAUAUGCUAUCAAGGCAUGGGAUGGGCGAGGUACCAAAUUCAGAGGAGGAGAUCACUGACUUCUUCAGAACGAGUGACAAUUCUUCUCCAUGUGAUAUAGAACCUUUCUCAAGAAAACUUGAAGAGGAAGAACCUCAGUCAGUCACAAAGAGAAAAGACAAGCCAACUAAAAAUGUCUCCAUCAAGGUUGAAAAAGUUGCAGCAGAUCCACUUAGCAUUUCAAGCUUUGAGUUUCUUCCUGAUGAACCAGACUGGGGAGGCAUGGAUGACCAUCCUGCAGGUCUGGAUGAGAAAGAUGUUGGUUCACAUCCAGGGAAGGAAUUGUGGAAACAAGGUUCAGCAGUGCAAAUGCCAGUUGCCCCUCCCAGGAGAAGGACACCAUCUGCUCCGAAGGCAUGUCUGGACCUCACACCUCUGACUCCGGUUGAAAUCAUUCAGGAACAAGAAGAGGCUGGUGGAAAGGAGCAGAGAGAGGAAGAGAAAGAGACGGCAUCACCAGCAGAGACUGCAGAUGAGGGAGAUGGAGAGGAACCGGUACCUCCGUCCAACAAUGAUGCUCCAUCUGAGGAAGCACUGGUUGAAGUGGAUGCUGUGAAUGUGCAAAGUGUAGAGGAUAGCAAAGAAGUAACUGUCAUAGACAAAGAGCAAGCCACGGCUGAGCAGAAAGACACUGAAACAGUAGAAGAAGGAGCUACAAAAGAAACAGAGACUAAAGAAGUAGACAUGGCGUCAUCGGAAUUGGUUGAAUUAGAAGUUCAAGCUGAGAACCUAGCAGAUGAUUCAAAUGUCACGCCAGCUGAACCAGCAACAGGAAGAGGACGAUGUAUAAUACUUUAAAGACACUGCAAUUCAAUGCCACUUUCAUGUCAGGUUUAUUGCUAGUUUGUUAUUGAUUAAGGUCUUAAGUAGGGCUGUCAAAUGAUCAAAUAGGUAUCACUCUUGGAUUUUUGAUUGUUAGACCUUUAAAUUCUUGCAUUUUAAUUUUAAAGCACAGAAUUUCAAGUCAGUUUUGACAAUGUGAGGCAGUUCUUGCUAAUGACGUGAUUUAAGAGUCUAAAGAAGUUUAAGAAAUGCAUUUUAUGAUCUGGACUUGAAGAUUUGUUAUUUAAAUGAGUGUGUGUGGUCUGAAACAUGACCUAGAGGUAGAAGAAAAUUUCAAACUGCUUAUUCUGUCAAAGACAGUGUUUAAGGCUGAUGUGCAUUUAUUAAGUGUGCAGGAGUGCAUGUACAAAAUGACCCGCUUACUUUCAGUGACCUUUGGUAAUGUGACAACAUUUGCACUUUUCAGGGGUUUCAGUUUAAUUGGUUUCUCUGUGUAAUUGAUAUAGUAAGGCUAAGGCUUGUUCGGAUUAUUUUAAGUCCAAUUUUAUGCCCCAUCCCUUCCCCAAUUAUGGGCUGGCGGCCCUACGCCACUUUCAAAGCAUUUAACAACUGUUUAUUUGUCCAAAUAAUCUAUCCAUCCAUCCAUUUUCUAUACUGCGGGGGGCUGGAGCCUAUCCCAGCUAUCAUUGGGCGAGAGGUGGAGUACACCCUGGACUGGUAGCCAGUAAAUUGCAG